UUGACUUACAACUAGAAUGUUAGUUCUUUAAAUUCAGUUUAAUUCACAAUAUUGUUAUAAAUCUGUAAACAAAUUUACUUACAUCCUACUAGUAUAGAAAAAAAGCUUAUCCACUCAGUUUAUCAUUACUCUAUUUUCUUGCAUUAUUUCAGAACAUUUUUGGGCAAAUGACUGUUGUUCAAAUAAAUAAAACAUUUCGUUUAUUUACAGGGUUCUUCAAGGCUGUCCAUGAGAACAAGACGAAGAUUGACCAGGAUAACAACUUGCUGAAAUUCAUCCAUACAGCUGAACCAAAACAAAAACGACCAAGGGAAAACGAUCAUCCGCCAAAAACAAGAGUUGUGAAUCAAUAUUUUAUUCGAAGAAUGACGGGAGAUCUUGUAAGAGUAUGUGCAACUUCUUUUAGAUCCAUAACCCAGGCUGCAGACACAAUACCUCGGGACAAACUAAUUCUUGCAAAAAAUGUGAAAAGUGGGAAAGCUGGUGACUCCCAAUUCACCAAAAACUUAUGGCACGUGCAGAAGCGAAUGGGAGCACUUCUUCGUGAUUUGAAAAAUAGAAAAUGUGGCCAAAAGUUGAGUGAUGGUAAACCUCUAACAGGUAAGGGUCGCCUGACUGAUAUGGCUAUGAAGAAACUGCAGAUAUUUUAUGGACUGGCCAUCAGGAGAAACACCAACAGCCUAGAAGCCAUGCAGGCAGCAGUUUGGACAGUAUACUUCCACAUCAAAUCUUCCAACAAGAAGCCAACACAUCAACUUUGCUUCAAGGGCAACAACACUUGGU